CAGAGAGAAGCGUGAACAUCUGUGCGUGAAGAAUUCAGACCUGAUACAGAAAGACCCCGCCUCUCCCUCCAUCUUCCACGGACACCAGCGCAGAGCUGCUGUCUCCAUGUUAGUGUUCCUCAAGAAGAACAACAUGAAAACCAAAUUCAUCAAUGGAGUCUCCUCGUCCCCCUCCAUGUCCCUGGAGCUGCUGGUGACGGAGAACGCGCUGCAGGUCCAGCCCGACGCCCAGGAGGACAGCAAGGAGCCGGACUGCGCGGACCUGCCCGACCCGGACACCCGGCACCGGGCCUACGAGUGGACCCGCGAGUUCCUGCACGGAGCCUGGAAGAUCGUGCCCGAGGAGGACUUCCACAUCACCGUGAUAAGAGGUGGUCUGAGCAACAAGCUCUUCCUGUGCAGCCUCCCCGACAGCCUGGACUCUGUCGGGGACGAGCCGCGGUGCGUCCUGCUGCGCCUCUAUGGGGCCAUCCUGCAGAUGUCCUGUAAUAAAGGAGAUUCCCGACAGUCGAGCAGAGAGAACAUGUUCCAGGGCGCCGAGGCCAUGGUGCUGGAGAGCGUGAUGUUUGCGAUCUUGGCCGAGAGGCAGCUCGGCCCGAAGCUCUACGGGAUUUUCCCUCAGGGCCGCCUGGAGCAGUACGUCCCUAGUCGUAAGCUGGACACGUGUGAGUUGAGCGACCCCAGCAUCUCGGCCGAGGUGGCGCAGAAGAUGGCGCGGUUCCACGGGAUGAUGAUGCCCUUCAACAAGGAACCCAAGUGGCUGUUUGGAACCAUGGACAAGUACCUGAACCAAGUCAUGAGGUUGAAUUUCACCAGAGAGUCGCAUCUGCGCCGCUUCAACCGCCUGCUCAGCCACAACCUGCCACAGGAAAUGGAUCUGCUCAAGUCUCUGCUGGACUCCACCCACUCUCCGGUUGUGUUCUGCCACAACGACUGUCAGGAAGGGAACAUCCUGCUGCUGAACAACCACGAGAACUCAGACCAACAGAAGCUGAUGCUCAUUGACUUUGAGUACAGCAGCUACAACUACAGGGGAUUUGACUUCGGGAACCAUUUCUGUGAGUGGAUGUACGACUACACCUGUGACGAGUUUCCUUACUUCAAAGUGGACGCUCAGGCCUACCCCUCCAAGGCCCAGCAGCUGCACUUCAUCGACAACUACCUGCGUGAGUCUGACGGCGGCUUCGAGCAGCUGAGUGAAGACGAGCAGACGAAGCUGAAGGAGGAGAUGUACGUGGAGGUCAACAGGUUCUCCCUGGCUUCCCACUUCUUCUGGGGCUUGUGGUCCAUCAUCCAGGCCCGACUCUCCACCAUCAAGUUCGGAUACCUGGAAUACGCUGAAGCCCGAUUUGACGCCUACUUCCAGCAGAAGAAGCUCUGGGCUGUCUAACGAGCUGAUGGGAUGUGUCUCCACCAGGUUCGGCCACAUGGCAGCAGGAGGACGUCCAGGCUGACUCCACCAUCCACACUUUACUCACACUCCCUGCCUAGAGGGGAUCUGCUGGCUAGAGCCGGAGUCGUGCUUACCAAAGCCCAAACCUUGAUCGCGUGGCUCGGAUACUUAAAGUACGACGACCACGUAAGAGCCCC